CACCCCCCCCACCCCCCGCGGGCCGCAGGGGCUCAUGCAGCCGCCAAGGGAGAGGCUAGUGGUAACAGGCCGAGCUGGAUGGAUGGGUAUGGGGAGAGGGGCAGGACGUUCAGCCCUGGGAUUCUGGCCGACCCUCGCCUUCCUUCUCUGCAGCUUCCCCGCAGCCACGUCCCCGUGCAAGAUCCUCAAGUGCAACUCUGAGUUCUGGAGCGCCACGGCGGGCAGCCACUCCCCCACCUCGGACGACGCCCCCGAGUUCUGCGCGGCGCUGCGCACCUACGCCCUGUGCACGCGGCGCACGGCCCGCACCUGCCGGGGCGACCUGGCCUACCACUCGGCCGUCCAUGGCAUAGAGGACCUCAUGAGCCAGUACAACUGCUCCAAGGAUGGCCCCACGUCGCAGCCGCGCCUGCGCACCCUCCCGCCGCCGGGCGACAGCCAGGAGCGCUCCGACAGCCCCGAGAUCUGCCACUACGAGAAGAGCUUCCACAAGCAUGCGGCGGCCCCCAACUACACGCACUGCGGCCUCUUCGGGGACCCGCACCUCAGGACUUUCACUGACCGCUUCCAGACCUGCAAGGUGCAGGGCGCCUGGCCGCUCAUCGACAACAAUUACCUGAACGUACAGGUCACCAACACGCCCGUGCUGCCCGGCUCGGCCGCCACCGCCACCAGCAAGCUCACCAUCAUCUUCAAGAACUUUCAGGAGUGCGUGGACCAGAAGGUGUACCAGGCUGAGAUGGACGAGCUCCCGGCCGCCUUCGCCGACGGCUCCAAGAACGGUGGGGACAAGCACGGAGCCAACAGCCUGAAGAUCACGGAGAAGGUGUCGGGCCAGCACGUGGAGAUCCAGGCCAAGUACAUCGGCACCACCAUCGUGGUCCGCCAGGUGGGCCGAUACCUGACUUUCGCCGUCCGCAUGCCGGAGGAGGUGGUCAACGCCGUGGAGGACCGGGACAGCCAGGGCCUCUACCUCUGCCUGCGCGGCUGCCCCCUCAACCAGCAGAUCGACUUCCAGGCCUUCCGCGCCAACGCCGAGGGCCCCGGCACCCGCAGGCCGGCCGCCGCCAGCCCCGCGCCCGCGGCCCCCGACACCUUCCCGUACGAGACGGCCGUGGCCAAGUGCAAGGAGAAGCUGCCCGUGGAGGACCUCUACUACCAGGCCUGCGUCUUCGACCUGCUCACCACGGGCGACGUGAACUUCACGCUGGCCGCCUACUACGCCCUGGAGGACGUCAAGAUGCUGCACUCCAACAAAGACAGGCUUCACCUGUACGAGAGGACUCGGGAGCCGCCGGGCCGGGCCGCCGCGGUGGGGCUGCCCCCCGCCCCCCGGCCGCUCCUGGGCAGUCUCCUGCUCCUCACGCUGCUCCCCGCCGUCCUGGAGGCUGUCGCCGCGUAGGGCAGAGA